AUGUGUCUCCCAAAAAUGGAGAAUUUGUAAAACAUGGUUAUAAUAUAGGUUCUGAUUGUCCAAUAACAAGAAUGUAUAUCACUGCAUUUGGGGGAUUUUGAGUAUUAUAGCCUGCUACAUAAUACAAGUCUUUAUUAUAAGUACUAAUGA